AUGUCAACUGUGUACUCUAAAUCUAUUGCCACCACCAUUAUCAAUCGACAUGGCAACUUCAGAUCAAACUUUCCGACCAGGGUCGAGCAUGAGAAAGAUAUGUAUAGAAAGCUUGCUCAAGUGGGUACCAAAGCAACCUCGCCACGGAUAUUCAAUGUGGAUGAUUUCGGAGCUCGGGGUGACAGAACAGACGAUUCUGAGGCAUUCAAUAAAGCUUGGAAGGAGGCUUGUUCUUUUGAAGGAGUAGCUGUUCUUGUAAUUCCGGCUAACAGGAUAUAUCAUCUUAAGCCAAUUACUUUUCCAGGUCCUUGCAAAUCCGUCCUUACAAUGAUGGUCCAUGGAACAAUCAAAGCUUCUCCACGCCGAUCAGACUACAAGGAAAGCCCAAGACAAUGGAUUGUGUUUGAAAAAAUGAACAACUUCAUAGUUGAAGGUGGUGGGACCAUCAAUGGAAAUGGAAGGCCAUGGUGGCGAAACUCCUGCAAAAUCAACAGAAGCCUCCCUUGCGUGGGUGCACCAACGGCUGUGACCUUCGACAAUUGCCUAAAUUUGAGAGUGGCCAACAUAAGGAUUAAAAAUGCACAACAAAUGCAUCUAACUUUUCAAGAUUGUGUGAAUGUUAAAGCUUCAAAUCUCAGAGUAAUCGCACCAGAGAAGAGUCCCAAUACUGAUGGAAUUCAUGUCACUGGAACCCAAAAUAUUCAGAUUAUGAGCUCUCUCAUCAGAACAGGUGAUGAUUGUAUUUCCAUUGUGAGUGGAUCUAAAAAUGUUCGAGCAACGGAUAUAAUAUGUGGACCAGGCCAUGGAAUCAGCAUUGGAAGCUUAGGAAAAAACAAGGCAGAGGAUGAGGUUUCAGAUGUGGUUGUGGACAGAGCAAGAAUUUCGGGGACCACAAAUGGAGUAAGGAUAAAGACUUGGCAGGGAGGAUCUGGAUACGCAAAGAACAUCAAAUUCCAAAACAUUAUCAUGCACAAUGUGACUAAUCCCAUAAUUAUAAAUCAGAACUAUUGUGAUCAGUCGGAAUCAUGUCCAGAACAGCCCUCAGCUGUGCAAGUAACGAAUGUGGUGUACAAGAACAUCAGAGGAACCAGUGCUUCAGAGGUGGCUGUUAAACUUGACUGUAGCAAGACCUUCCCAUGUAAUGGCAUUGUGUUACAGAAUGUAAAUCUAGUCCGUGAAGGAGAGACAAAAGCAAAAGCUUCGUGCCAGAACGUCAGACUAGCAAGCACAGAGAGGGUCUCUCCACUUUGCCAAUGA